UGGAGGUUUGCAUCCUGCUGUAAUAACUGGUGCUGAUAUCGGUGAUCUUGCCCCUGGUAUAUCUCAGCUGUCCGUCAUCGCUCACCCCUACUUCUGUUUGUUUUUUAUAAUUAAUAAUGGCUGUCCUCUGCUCCUUUUCAUCCUGUUUUUCCUUUCUUUUAUUCACUUUUCCUCUUUCUCUCCAGUCUCGGGCAACUGUCUCUCAUAAGCGAAGGUUCACUGUCAAACAUUGUUGUGCCAGAAAAGAAAGUCUCUGCCACAUGUACUCUGCCUGGCCCUGCUGUUCAGCCAACAGCCCAGAAUAAAGCAGUUAUAUUAGAGGUCUCGAUGGUGGUGCCACCUCAACAGAGGCUGUCUGAUGCAGAGGUUCCUCUAUGGAAAGUGCUAGAAGGGAGAAGUGGGAAAGGUACACCUGAAAAAACCUCUGCCGAGGAGGGUACAAAACCUUUGUGCAGAGGCUCACAUGGAGAGGAUGCUGCUGAGGUGCACACGCCUGUUAGGCAAGAGAGCCAACCAGUUAAAGCAAAAGAUGGAGAUGAACAUCAUAUUGCCGCACCCUCUGCUCAGCCCAGCGCACCGGCAGUUAAAAAGGAGCCUAAAGAGCCAGAGGGACCCAGGGUGGAAUCAGCACCCUCAGUCGAGGUUCCCCCCCAAGAAGCUGGAGAGCGCGUGACUAUGGCGUUGGAGCCACUUCAGCCCUCAAAACCAAAACCAGAACCAGAACUGCGGCCGGAACAAGUUCUUCAUCCAUCAGGAAAACCACAACAGGAGGGAGCAGAUGAGGAGAAACCAGCCGAUGCCGUGCCUGGUGGUCACGAGCAUUUCAUCAACAAUAAGGACCCAGUGUGCGAGGCAGAAAAACAGCUGUGGGCAGCUGUGGAGGAGACCACCACCGAGAUAGGAGUGGAAAAAGGGAUGGAAAGUAGUGAAAGCAAGGAAGCGAAGGAGGAGAAGCUGAAAGAGGAGGAAGGUGUAAUAGGGGG